CAGCACUACAUUCCACUUACUACCACCAAGGAACAUGAAGACCUUAGUGCUCGUCCUGGCGAUCGUGGCCGCUGCGACCUGCAAGCCGGCAGGGGACGAUGACGUUGUCAAUUCUGUCAUCGGAGUUGUCAAAAGCUGUUCUGAAGACAACGUCGGGUUGUGCCUGAAGGAGCGUGCCCUUAAAUAUGUUGAAAACAUGAACUCAGCUAAGGAAGUGAGCAUCCUUGAUGGAGUCAGCUUGCUAGGAACCGGAUCGCCCAGGUCAGCCAGGUCCUUCGAACCCCUCUCAGAAGAACCCAGAGCCAGGGAAAACCAGGUUGAGAACAGACUCUUGGACGCUGCAGCGGAAUUCCUUGAGAACCAUGUGAUCCAGCUCCGCGUACCCAAGAGCACAGUUGAAGAUGUGAAGAGGUCUCUUGAAGAAGGCCGUGGUAAGAAGAAGAAGCUGAAGCAGCUCCUCCCAAUCCUGGCUCUGGUGCAGCUGAAGAUCCAGUCUCUCAUCCCUCUGUUCCUUGGUGUCAUCGCCUUCGCCGCUGUCAAGGGUCUUAUGCUAGCCAAGGCCGCUCUCCUGGCCUCAGCUCUGCUCCUCCUCAAGAAGUUGCUGUCCAAGGGUGAACACCACGAGAGCUACGAAGUGGUGGCUCAUCCUCACCACGACGAACACUACAGUCAUGGAUCAAGCCACGGAGGCUGGGGCAGGUCAUCUGACGCGCAAAACCUCGCGUACAAUGCCUACUCCAAUUGAAACCUAAGAUUUCUUUAGACGUAUUACGUCAUCACUUCUUUCUGUUUAGUCUUACGCGGACCUCAGAUCGAGAUUUAACUUAUUAUUUAAUAAUUUAUUUAAAUUAUUUAAAAGUUUGUUAUUUAAUUUAUUAACUGAACGAGUGCAUCUUGUCUAUGGUUUCCAAAGCAUCGCCGUUUCUUUAUAUAUUUUCGAUACACAGUACCUGUUUUUUAGUUAAGUCUUUAUAGUACGAUAGUGACGUCAUUGUGACGUAGGUUGUUAAUAGCUUUAAUUAUUUUAUUAUUUAUGUUUACUUUUUGUUUUUAUAAUUAAAGUGUUCAUUAUCUUCUAGUCUCUGUUAUAUUGUAUCUAUUUAAAUAUUUAUUAUUGUAUCGCUUUUGUAAAUAUGCUUCUUAUGAAAGUAUUUACGUAAAAUAUUGUUUUUUGCAUCUUCAUUUAUGUAUUAUCUAUAUAUUUAUCAUAUUUAUCUUUUCUAGUAUACUAUGUAAAUAAGUAUUCUAUUUUAGGUGAUGCCCUUCAUGAAUGUAUAAACCUUUUUCUUCAUUUUCCUAGAGUAGAUAAAAUAAUAACAAACCACCCAAACAAAAAUAAAACAUAAUAGUCAUUUAUUAA